GGCGGGUCGGGGGGCGGGGCCGGGGUCCGAGCUCGGGCCCUCCUCCGCCUCCGCCAGCUCCUGUGAGCUGCCGAGUGCUAGGCACCCGGGCUGUUCUGGGGGCUCCAGUCAGAGGCGCCGCCCAAGAGACCCUGGGCCGGCGCCGGGCGCAGCUGCCUCUCCGUCUUUGUGUCUGUCUCUGUGUCUGUCUGGCUAUCUCCGAGUCUGCCUCCGCUUCCAGAACUAAGCCACCCAGACACCAUCAUCCCGAAAACCCCAGCCCUUCUCCCAUGGCAGGCUACUUGCCCCCCAAAGGCUACGCCCCUUCGCCCCCACCUCCCUACCCUGUCACCCCUGGGUACCCGGAGCCGGCGCUACAUCCUGGGUCCGGGCAGGCCCCAGUGCCCGCCCAGGUACCUGCCCCAGCUCCCGGCUUCGCCCUCUUCCCCUCGCCUGGCCCCGUGGCCUCGGGGUCUGCUGCCCCCUUCUUGCCACUGCCAGGGGUGCCUUCUGGCCUCGAAUUCCUGGUGCAGAUUGAUCAGAUUUUGAUUCACCAGAAGGCUGAGCGAGUGGAAACGUUCCUAGGCUGGGAGACCUGUAAUCGGUAUGAACUGCGCUCUGGGGCCGGGCAGCCCCUGGGUCAGGCGGCCGAGGAGAGCAACUGCUGCGCCCGUCUGUGCUGUGGCGCCCGCCGGCCGCUACGUGUCCGCCUGGCCGACCCCGGGGACCGCGAGGUGCUUCGUUUGCUCCGCCCGCUGCACUGUGGCUGCAGCUGCUGCCCCUGUGGCCUCCAGGAGAUGGAAGUACAGGCUCCACCAGGCACCACCAUCGGCCACGUGCUACAGACCUGGCAUCCCUUCCUCCCCAAGUUCUCCAUCCAGGAUGCCGAUCGCCAGACAGUCUUGCGAGUGGUGGGGCCCUGCUGGACCUGUGGCUGUGGCACAGACACCAACUUUGAGGUGAAGACUCGGGAUGAAUCCCGCAGUGUGGGCCGCAUCAGCAAGCAGUGGGGGGGCCUGGUCCGAGAAGCCAUCACGGAUGCCGAUGACUUUGGCCUACAGUUCCCGCUGGACCUGGAUGUGAGGGUGAAGGCUGUGCUGCUGGGAGCCACGUUCCUCAUUGACUACAUGUUCUUUGAGAAGCGAGGAGGCGCUGGGCCCUCUGCCAUCACCAGUUAGAGGCCACCAUGGUGUGAGGAGACCAUCACCUUGACCAGAACUCCAGAUGGUCACCUGCCCUGGCCCCUCCUCUGGGCAGCCCCUUUCCUCCAUGUACACUGCAGGGGACAGAAGGGGGGCCCCAUCCCUACCCUACUCCCUGGCCGCCUGCCCCUGUGGUUCCCAAGGAGGGGUAUGUAUGAGAGCCCUCUCCUGCUACCUCCCACCACUGUCCCAGCAGUCCCUCGGCACAGAGGCAUAUCAGCUUUCACACUUUCCCCAUGCACUCCCUCCCACCCCCUUCCAGGGCCUCUGCUCCAAAGGAGGCCUCUGGAACCCAGGACUCUGGGGUUUUACAAGAGGGCUGGGGUGUGGAAGGGCAAGCUGCACCAAAGACGGUGGAUACAGCCACCGCCCCCCACCGCCGCUGCCUAGCAUCUGCUUGGCCAAUUAGUUCAGCCUCAGACCAUGGCACUUUGAGGGGGUCUCUACCUCCCCAUCAACAGCUGCAGGGGGACCCCAGUGCUAACUUCCUCUCCCACUAGGGCCCUGCCUUCAGCUGGUGCUUGCUGCGAUUCCUGUGCCUUAUGUAACUGCCCUUCCUUCCCUUGCCCUAGGAAAAAGGCUGCAUCUUUAUAUGUUACAUUCAUAUAAACUUUGUAACUUUUUGGACAUUGAAA